AUGGAAUGGGAAAAGAUAACGGUAGAGAAGAAAUCAUCAAAGCAGCAGAGAAAAAUGAACCGAUUAGGAAAUUUACAUACGGCUUUAAAUGAUGAUUUCACAAAACGUUUAAAAGAUGAAAAUAAAAGUGUAGACGAGAAGAAUUUGAAUGAAAAAAGGCUAAAAAUUAGCCCGCCAGCUAAAAAUUCAAAACCGUUGAAGAAUCAAGAGUAA